AAAUACCGCUGCCUUCAGAGCACAAGAGAAGACAGAGAAAUCAAAAGGAGAAGACACAGCAAGAUCACAUGUACUUCACUUCUGGCUUCAUCUGAUUUUUAAAAGGGCUCUUUCUUAAAGACUUUGAUUCUUUUUGUGUCAAAGUUUACUUUGGUUUGUAACUCUAAAGUCUAAACAUGAGACUUGGAGUCGUGGCAUUGGUGGUUCUUGGAACCUGCUCCUUGAACGUGUGGUCUUUGCCACUCAAAUCUGUGUUUGUGACAUUUCCUGGGGAUGCCAUCAAGAACAUGACAGAUGUAGAGCUGGCAGAUGAAUACCUGAAGCGAUAUGGUUACAUAGAUGUCCUGAAGAAGAGCACACUGCAGGGAUUUUUCUCCAGUUCAGAAGCUCUGAAGAACUUCCAGAACAACCUCGGGCUGGAGGAAACAGGAAAGCUGGACGCAGUCACUAUUGAUGCCAUGAAGAAGCCCCGCUGUGGGGUCCCAGAUAUCCGUAACUAUCAGACCUUCGAAGGGGAUCUGAAGUGGGACCACACCGAUGUUACAUACAGGAUUCUGAACUAUUCUCCCGACAUGGAAGCACCUUUGACUGAUGACGCCUUUGCCAGAGCUUUUAAGGUGUGGAGUGAUGUCACCCCUCUGACUUUUAGGCGUCUCUAUGAGGGCACUGCUGACAUCAUGAUCUCAUUUGGAAAAGCAGAUCACGGCGAUCCAUACCCAUUUGAUGGCAAAGAUGGGCUGCUGGCUCAUGCUUAUCCUCCCGGUAAAGGAAUUCAAGGGGAUGCCCACUUUGACGAUGAUGAGUACUGGACCCUUGGAAAAGGACCAGCAAUCCAGACCCGCUAUGGUAAUGCAGAGGGUGCCAUAUGUCACUUUCCAUUCGAGUUUGAAGGACAGAGCUACUCCAGCUGCACCACUGACGGGCGCACAGAUGGACUUUCCUGGUGUGCCACCACUGCGAACUACGACCAAGAUAAAAAAUUUGGCUUCUGUCCUAGUGAGCUUCUCUUUACAUUUGGUGGAAACGACAAUGAUGCACCAUGUGUCUUCCCCUUUGUGUUUGAUGGGGAAAAAUACGAGUCAUGCACAACAGAUGGGCGAACUGAUGGGUAUCGCUGGUGUGCCACCACAGCUAAUUUUGACACUGAUAAGAAAUAUGGAUUCUGCCCUAACAGAGACACGGCUGUGACUGGUGGAAAUGCAGAGGGAGAACCAUGCAAGUUUCCCUUCACCUUCUUGGAAAAGACAUACACUUCCUGCACCAGUGAGGGCCGCGGAGAUGGAAAACUCUGGUGUGCAACUACCAGCAACUAUGACAAGGAUAAAAAAUGGGGAUUUUGCGCUGAUAGGGGAUACAGUCUUUUCCUGGUGGCUGCCCAUGAGUUUGGACACGCACUUGGUCUGGACCACUCCAAAGUCCAGGAUGCUUUGAUGUAUCCCAUGUACAAAUAUAUAGAGGAUUUCUCUCUGGAUAAGGAUGAUAUUCAGGGCAUUCAGUAUCUAUACGGACCCAAAACAGGCCCUAAUCCCACUCCACCAAAACCUACAACAACCCCUUCCUCUCAUACCAUACCCACCCCAAGUGAGACCACCACCACAACACCUGUAAUCCCCUCAAAGGAUGCAUGCGAGAUUAAUGAAUUUGACAGCAUUACCGAAAUCGGGAAGGAGCUUCACUUCUUUAAGGAUGGGCACUACUGGAAGAUGUCAAAAGCUGGAAAACGCAUUGGUCCAUUCUUGAUGUCUGAGAAAUGGCCUGCUGUGCCAGCUGUUAUUAAUACAGUCUUUGAGGAGCAACUCACUAAAAAGCUCUACUUCUUUGCAGGCAAACAGUUCUGGGUAUACACUGGAAAGGAAGUGUUUGGACCACGUAAAAUUGAGAAACUUGGCCUACCAAGCAACCUAGAAAAAGUGGAAGGAGCACUGCAAAGAGGAAUAGGCAAGGUACUCCUGUUUAGUGGCGAGCAAUUCUGGAGACUGGAUGUAAAGGCUCAGAUGAUAGACACAGGGUACCCUCGAGAAACCGACUUAGUUUUUGGUGGAGUGCCCAAUGAUUCACAUGAUGUAUUUCUCUACAAGGGGUUCUUUCACUUUUGCCGACAAGGUUUUUACUGGAGAAUGAACAGCAAAAAGCAGGUUGACAGAGUUGGAUAUGUGAAGCAUGACCUCCUGAAAUCAUGGCGGACGCGAGAAAAACAUUCGGGCAGACUAGCUGCUCCCCGUUCGCUUAGGCCCUCGAGGUCCCCGAGCGGUUCUUCAUAUCGCCUGAGCGGAAAAACUCAGCUCGGCGGGACGGAAAAUGGCGCUGCGCGAGCAGGCAGGAGAAAGGGCAGCACAAACACGCACAUAAUAGCCAGUUGGUGGUUCAUAGCAAAGAUGGAUCCUGAUGAGAUGGAGGUGGAGAGCAGCAGUGAUGUGGGGCAUUCUGGUAUGGAGGAGCCAUCAGAGAGCGGGAUGGGCAUGGAGUCUUCAGAAGCCAUGUCUGCUGAUAGCAGUGACACGGCUACGAUUCUUGCCUCUGCCCCAGAAUCAGACUGCCAUGUCGGACAGAGCUCUGAGGGACUUUUGGUAUUUAUCCCAGAGACCAGCUCUAGUACAGAUGUACGAAGAGUUCAUCUACCAGACUCGUCCUCUGUCGCCCAGUCAACUAGUGUGUCAAGCGUCUCCACGGUGACACAAUCGGUCCUGGUGUCGGAGUCCGUCCAGAUGCUGGUGCAUUCCAGUGCUGUGUCUGAAGGAGGAAUGAUGGUUUCUGAUUCCACUGCCUCCACCUCGUCAGAUCUUGGCUCAGCUAUUGACAAGAUCAUUCAAUCUACCAUUGGACCAGACAUUAUGAAUGGAUGCAUUGCAGUUACGAGCGCAGAGGAUGGCAGUGCAGAAACCACACAAUAUCUGAUACUCCAAGGACCUGAUGAUGGAGCUCCUAUGGUUGCUCAGAUGUCUUCCUCUGCACUUUCAAGUCGCAUUGCCAUUGAAGCCCUAGCUGAUGGACCCACCUCCACCUGCCUGGAUCAAGGAGACCUAUCAGAGAACCCACAGGGCAGCGUGGAGCCCGAUCAACCUGGACACUCUGGUUACUGCGACCACGAAGACGGCAGCAGCAGCCACCCAGACCAGCCCCAGCACUCCCAGUAUGUGGAGUGCAAUGGAGAUGACCCAGACCAGACCAGGGAGGCUAGAUACAUUGAGUACUCGGGAGCAGAACCAGACCAGACCCCACGUCAUUCGGGAAUCUCGCACUACAACGUGCCUGAGUGUAGCCAUACAAACGUCAGCCGGCAGAGAAGUGCGUUUCGUUCUUCCCGCUACGUUGUGGAGUGCAGUGACAGGUACUUGCAAUCCCACGCGGAUGGGGCAGAGCGGCCGCAACAUUCUCGUUACAUCGACAGCAGCAUGGAUGACAGGGAGCACGUCUCUGCCUCGGAACAAGAGGGCGGUAUGGCAGAGGAGCCCCAGAAUUCCUACAUGCUGCAGGGCUCACUGUAUGCAGACGAAGACGUUGUUCGGCACUCCCUGGCUGAUACGGUGGGGUCGCAGCUCGCAGAUCAGAUGGACUGCAACGACAGCUUACCUGGCUCCUGCAUAAGUAGCAGUGGGACCUAUACCACCCACCCAAAGCCUGAGGAGGUGGAGUCUGGGCUGGUGGGUGAGCGAGGGCAUAGAACCCCAAACAUGGCAGAGCUGGAGGAAAUGAUGGAGGUGGUGAUCGUACAGCAGUUCAAGUGUAAGAUGUGCCCGUAUAAAAGCGUCUCUAAAGAUACGCUUAUCAACCACAUGAGAGACAGACACUUUAAACCAGCAGUUGCCUCACUCCCAAAGAAGCGUGGACGCGGUCGUCCGCGAAAAUCUGAAAGCAAGUCACGACCAGUAUCUGAGGUCAAGAAGGAGGAGCCACCAGAGGAAGAGGAGGAUGACAUUGUUGAUGCAGGUGCCAUUGAUGAUCCUGAAGGUGACAGUGAUUAUAAACCAGCCCUUGAAGAGGCCUGUCCCAGAACAACUGCAAAUCAUUGCAAACCCCCUCCUACCUGUUCUUCAUCAUCUUCCACUACCUCACGAAAACGACCCCGCAGGAUAGUGGGACCACCUCGGAAAUUCCUCAGUGAAUCAGCAGAGACGCUAGCAGUGUCCGAAACAAACAAUGUAGGGGACGCACAAACUCCUGAAGAGGCAAGUUCAUCUGGAAUGGAGAAUGGUACUCCCUCAUCCAAUGGCACAGUCGCUGAGCCAGCGGUCAGCCAGUCGGAUUCAGAGAACCAAGAUCCGUCAUCAAAUACAGGCACUGAUGAACUUGACCUCUUGCCAAGGAAACGUGGACGUCCUUCUAAACGUUUCCUUCAAAAGAAGUACAAAAAGUACAUGAAUCGCAAUAAGUACUACAGAUCCCUCAAGCCUCUGCUAAGGCCUCAUAACUGCUGGAUCUGUGGCUCUCGCUUUCUGUCACAAGACGAUCUCAGAUUUCAUGUGGAUUCUCAUGAGGGAAACGACCCUGAACGUUUUAAGUGCCUGCAGUGUAGCUAUCGCUGCAAGCGUUGGUCUUCACUGAAGGAGCACAUGUUCAAUCAUGCAGGUACAAAACCAUACAAGUGUGAGAUGUGUGAUUACUCCAGUGUUUAUAAGAAGGAUGUGAUCCGGCACUCAGCUGUCCACAACAAAAAAAAGAGUCGAAAGAUGGACAUGGUUCCCAAAGUGUCUGAGUUUCCAUGCCCCAUCUGUCAUCGUGUUUACCCUAUGCAGAAACGCCUCACGCAGCACAUGAAGACGCACAGCACAGAAAAACCUCACAUGUGCGACAAGUGUGGGAAAUCUUUCAAGAAACGCUACACCUUCAAAAUGCAUCUCCUCACGCACAUACAAAACUGCGGCAACAGCGUGUUUAAGUGUGAGUUCUGCGACUACACCUGCACUGACAAAAAGCAUCUUCUCAAUCACCAGCUGUCCCAUACCAACGACAAACCUUUCAAAUGUGAAGAAUGUAAAUAUUCCACAAGUAAAGAGGACUUUCUCGUGUCCCACAUUGCUAUUAAACACACUGGUGAAAAGCCAUUCUCCUGCGAAAUGUGCCACUUUACGACCAGACACAGGAAGAACCUCCGGCUACAUAUCCAGUGUCGACACCCUGAGAUUUUUGAAGAGUGGAAUCGGACGCAUCCAGAGGAACCCAUUCGUCGCCGACAGAAACCCGUUUUUACUAUGCAGCAGAUUGAAGAGCUUAGAUUGCAACAUGAAACGCAGGAGCUUCAGGGCACAGUGGUGUCAGUGGACCCCAUCACUCUCCAGACAAUGGAGUCCAUGGGGAAUACAUCUGUAUCCCAAGAUGCACUGGGAAAUACAACCAUUAUUUACGAGCAAGGCCAGAAUGCAGACCUCUCUGCCCAGAAUGCUCUAGAUCUGCUUCUAAACAUGAGUAAUGCCAGAGAACUGCAGGUUGCGGUACUGAAAGCAGAUGGCAAGACUCUGGAGACGGGCACGUGGUCUGGUUCCGGGGGUCAGGGGUCAUCCUUGCAGCCUCAGAAGAUUGUGACCUUCCAUGUGUCAGAGAACGGUGACACCCUGGUGCAGGAGGCGUUUGAGACGGCUACGGGGACAGUGGAGCAAGAAGAGACUGCCGAUGUUUCACAGAUUGGCAUCAGUACAUAUGAGGGUGCAGAAUUCAGUGUUGUGGAGCAGGCAGCAGAUGAGAUUCCUGCCACUGGAACGCCCCACAGUUUAGAGGAACCCGCAGCAGAGCAUCAGGUUAUGGAGGUGAGCACAGAGACUUUGUGCUCACUACAGCAGGUAGAGUUGAGUAGUGAAGCUCCGGCCUCCCCUACCAUGUGUCCAUCACCUCCCUCUCAGCAGUUCAACCCCAAACGCUUCUCCUGCCGGAUAUGCAUGGAGGCUUUUCACGGUCGUUCGGACAUGGAGAACCACAGGCGGGCGCACAUAGACCCCAAAACAUUUAAAUGUCCCGACUGUGACUUUACAGCUCCUUCUUGGCCGGACGUCAAAUCUCAUAUGGCCAUGCACGCGUAUUUACGGCCUCAUAAAUGCCCCAACUGCAGUUUUGCCUCCAAGAACAAAAAGGACCUGAGGCGCCACAUGAUGACACACACAAACGAGAAGCCUUUUGCCUGUCAUGUCUGCGGCCAGAGGUUCAACCGUAAUGGUCACCUGAAGUUCCACAUGGAGAGGCUUCACACUGACGAACCAUCGCCUCGUAAAACUCGCUCUGUUCCAUCUCAGCAGACCAUCAUCGUCAACAGCGAUGAAGAGGCUUUAGCCACACUGCAGAAUCUGCAGGCGGGGCAGACAGUGAUCAGUCCAGAGAGAUUGCAGCAAGCUUUAGGACAAGAGCACAUCAUCGUGUCACAAGAUCAGACUCUUUCUGACCAGGAGGAGGCAACAUAUAUACAGCAGAUCACAACAGUAGAUGGCCAGACCGUACAGCACUUAAUGACUGGAGAUACUGAGGUUCAGUACAUUAUCUCUCAGGACGGAGUUCAGCACUUACUCCCACGGGAAUAUGUGGUGGUUUCUGAUGGCAACCACAUUCAGAUGGAGGACGGACAGAUUGCUCAUAUACAGUAUGAGCAUGAUGGGACAUUUCUGCAGGAGCAGGAGGCUGAGCAAAAUAUAAUUGCUCUAUCCCAAGAUGGACAUAUCCAGUACGUCCCCAUUACUACAGAGCAGCAGGUUGUCUCCUCAGAAGACCUGGAGGCUGCCCAUUCUGCAGUGUCCGCAGUUGCAGAUGCAGCCAUGUCUCAGACACAGACGGUUUACACAGAGGCCACACCUGAACAGCUGGAACAGCUGCAACAACAGGGCAUCCAGUAUGAUGUCAUUACCUUCACUGAGGAAUACUUGCAACAUUACCUUGACGUCUGGUCCUCAACGUCUCCCUCUGUGCUUCUUAAAUCUGAGAAACAAACAGAGGAACACAGAGAAGGUGACAACACAGUCUUUACAUUGGCUGUAGUAUGUAGUGUCGUGGCCGUUGCUGUUAUCAUCUCAGUUACACUGCUUGUAUUUCUUCUGAAGAGGUGGAAGAAGAAAUCCAGAGAUAAAAGUGGAAACUGUGGUUUUCAUGACAAAACCGUGCAGAAUCUACAGGAGCAGAACAGUAUGAUCUACUCUACAGUGGUCUUCAAGUCCCUUGAAGAUCAGGUUGAACUUUAUGCCAAUUUACAGAUACACAGACCAAGGCACACUGAUCUUUCCUCAACCGAUGUAAUUCAAACAAGGGAGUGUGAAUAUUCCACUAUUUUGACGGCACAUCCAUAAACAUUUGUUAUGUUUUUUAAUGUUUGUUAAUAGGAUACAUUCAUAAAAUAAUUUGGACAACAUUAUUAAUGUAGUAUUAAAACAGUCAGUGAUUUAUUUUUAA